UCUGCUGCAGUCUCCAGUUCAACAGAGGUGUAGUAGCGCCCUAACGUGCCGCGUGAGAUGGCAGCUUAGGGCUACGUUCUCACUAGAAUCAUAACCGAUUAAUAGGUUCGUACUUCAUUACUCUCCUGUCUGGAACUCUUAAUCGAUGGCGGAGAGCAGUGGCGCGUCUGACGAUGCACUGCUGCGAGAGUUCUUCGCGGAGGUUGGAGCGGUGGAGAGGGAUAACGAGGUCAACAGAGUGCUGGCCUGUUUCAAGCUGAAUCCGUUUGAGCAACUAAACCUGCCCUUUGACGCCAAAGUGGAAGACGUGAAGAAGCAAUACCGCAAGGUGUCUCUGAUGAUUCAUCCAGACAAGUGCAAGCACCCACAAGCGCGAGAAGCAUUCGAUGUGGUGGCCAAGGCGCAGGAGAAGCUGCUGAACUCAGACGAGUGGGGCUACUUGACAUCACAAUUUGCAGCUGCCAAAGAGGAUGUGUUGAGAGAGCGCAAGAGGAAGCUGAAGAAAGAGAGGCAAGGAAAGCCCGCACCAGACGGAAUAUCCAAGGCAGAGGAGGAAGUGACAUUUCUAGCCUCAGCGGAGUUCAAAGACCUAUGGCGCCUCAAGGCCCGCGAGUUGCUCACUGCAAAUGAAUGGAGGCGGAGGAAGCUCUCCAAGAGGAUAAAGGAGGAGGAGGUGAAGAUUCAGGAGGAGGAGGAGGAGACGAAGGUGAAGACCCUCAAGGAGAGGGAGCACACGCAGAAGUGGGAGGAGACAAGAGAGACCAGGGUCAGCAGCUGGAGAGACUUUCAAAAGAAGGGGAACAAGAAGGCGAAGGGUGAGCUCAAGCCUCCAGCCAUGCGAGCAGAAGAUCCAAAUAAGUCAUAUGUAAGACGACCUACAAAGAAGGGAUGAUAGAAUGCCUACUGUAGAAGGGAUAGCUACGGUUUAGGGAGGAGUUGUUUGUACAGCAUUGGCGCAUUGUCGUUGCACACUUGCUGCAUGUAUUUUGUUAUGUGCAUUCAGUUCUAUUGCAAUCUUCUAA